AGAGAUGAUGAAUUUGCCAUUCUUGCUACUCAUUGCCAUUCUCUCUCUUUCAACUGCUGCCCCUACUUUCAACAUAAGUGAAGCAAUCAUUCUUACGAAAAUAUAUAUGGAGUCGGAUGAGUCUCUAAAGGAAAUGAGCAAGGAAGAAAGAGCUUUCGUUAAAGUAGCGUGGUUUUUAGCAGAACUUUUGGGCGAAGGAUUUGACCAUGAUUUCAACAAGAAUGACGCAGCUGUUGUAGGGGAAGUUUUCUUGACUACCAGACCUAGGAGUGAUGAAGCGUUUGUUGCUGAAUUGACGAAGAAAUCUCCAGAUCUUGGCGCAAGGUUCAAGAACAUGAUUGAUUCACAGAAGAAACACCUUGCUAUGCUCAAGCCGGAAGGGCAAGCAUUCGUCAAAGAUAUAAAAGACUUUGUAUGGAACAAGAGCGAGGAGACAGCGAAACAUCUUUAA